GCAAACUCUUAAACAAUAAUUCAUUUUACUUUUUCUUUCUCUCUAUAGUAUAUGUCCACUAUGAUUAGUGUAAAAAAAAACUAGAAAUCCCAAAAUGCGAGGAAGAAAGAAGUUGGAGAUGGAUACAUGCACUUGUCGUCCUUCUAAUCCUUUGCCCCGUAAACAUCGUUAAAAACAUUGCUCUCUCUCUCUCUCUCUCUCUCUCUCUCUCUCUCUCUCUCUCUCUCUCUCUCUCUCUCUCUCUCUCUCUCUCNAUACUCUUUUCCAUUUUCUUCCUUUGUCCUUUCUUUGGCAAACAUGGCGGUCUGGUUUGCUAGAUCAAGAAACCUUGUUUCUAGCUUGAGACAUAACCUGUGCUUAUCGACGAUUCUCGUAAAAGGUGAUUACUCUCAUCAUCGACCCAUUGUUUCAACUUGUCAGUUAUCCCCGACAGUGUUUUUGAGUCCCUACGUGUCUAGUCUCCGUCACGAGUCGACGGCUGUGGAGAAACAGCCUGAUUUGGUUCAACAUAGUGAUGAAGAAGAUGUCUUGCAGGAAUUGGAUUUUCCGGGAGGCAACGUCGGUUGCACAUCCGAGAUGAAAUUCAUACCGGAAUCAUCUUCUCGGAGGAUUCCUUGUUACCGAGUUCUCGACGAAGACGGGAGAAUCAUCCCCAACAGCGAUUAUUUUCCGGUGAGCGAGAAACUAGCUGUAAGAAUGUACGAACAAAUGGCGACGCUUCAAGUGAUGGAUCACUUCUUCUACGAAGCUCAACGUCAAGGAAGAAUCUCGUUUUAUAUUACUUCUCUCGGCGAAGAAGCCAUUAACAUCGCUUCUGCUGCUGCUCUUAGUCCUGAAGACAUCGUGCUACCUCAGUACCGAGAGCCUGGAGUGCUUCUAUGGCGUGGCUUUACACCGGAGGAGUUUGCGAAUCAGUGUUUUGGUAACAAAGCUGAUACUGGCAAAGGCAGACAAAUGCCGGUUCAUUACGGCUCUAAUCGUCAUAAUUACUUAACUAUCUCCUCUCCAAUCGCCACGCAACUUCCUCAAGCUGCUGGAGUUGGUUACUCUUUGAAGAUGGAGAAAAAGAAUGCUUGUGCAGUAACAUUCAUCGGUGAUGGUGGCACAAGCGAGGGAGAUUUCCACGCAGGAUUGAAUUUUGCGGCGGUAAUGGAAGCUCCGGUCGUGUUUCUUUGUAGGAACAACGGUUGGGCCAUCAGUACUCAUACCUCAGAACAGUUUCGAAGUGAUGGCAUUGUUGUGAAGGGACAAGCUUACGGAAUCCGAAGCAUCCGUGUUGAUGGUAACGAUGCACUCGCGGUUUACAGUGCGGUUCGCUCAGCUAGAGAAAUGGCUGUAACAGAACAGAGACCUGUUCUCAUCGAGGCGAUGACAUAUAGAGUAGGACAUCAUUCUACGUCAGAUGAUUCAGCUAAGUACAGAGCGGCCGAUGAAAUCCAGCACUGGAAAACGUCAAGAAACCCUGUGAAUAGGUUUAAGAAAUGGGUCGACGAUAACGGAUGGUGGAGUGAAGAAGAUGAAUCCGAACUAAGAUCUAACACAAGAAAACAGCUUCUCCAAGCGAUUCAAGCGGCCGAGAAGUGUGAUAAACAACCAUUGAAAGAGUUGUUUAACGAUGUAUAUGAUGUUAAGCCGAAAAAUCUAGAAGAGCAAGAGCUUGGUUUAAAAGAAUUAGUAGAGAGACAACCUCAAGAUUAUCCUCCUGGUUUUCAUGUCUGAUACUAGACGAACUGUGAAGUUGAAAAUCUCAUUCUCAUGUAUUAUGUUUCAUGUAUAGACAGACUAUUUAUUAAUGUCCACGAAUCGAAUAUAAGCAUUUGGAGUAUCAUGAAAUGGCCUUGGAAAUGUUA